AUGUUCUUCUUUGAGAAGUUACAACAGAUUGUGGUCGAUGAACCAGAUUUGUGCUUUAUCGCCGAUAGAUAUAAGAGCAUUGCCAAUGGCAUUGCAAGGUUUUACAACCAUGCUCAUCAGAGAUAUUGUAUGAGGCACCAUGAAUUCAAGAACAAAUGCCCCGAGGCUGCCUUUGUUCUUGAGCAUGAAAUUGAUUUUGAGAAGUGGAGUAGGGCAUAUUUUCUAGGAAAUAGGUAUGAUGUGAUGACUACAAAUAUUGCCGAGUCACUCAAUGCUAUGUUGAUAGACGAAAGAGAAUACCCCAUGGCAUUCAUAUUUAAUUCGAUUGCUAAGAGAUUUGGAGAAUUUUUCAGGGAGAGGCAUGCAUAUGUCCUCAAAUCAAAGGAUAAUAAAAUAGUUCCUUGUGCCGAAAGGAUCGCAAUAGAAAAUAUGAUCAAGGGCGAAUCUUUGUAUGUAAAAAGCGUAAUCGGGGACGAUAAUCAAUUCAUCAUGUUCGGUAUAGGUUCUACUGCCAAUGUGAAUCUGCUAGUAAAGUCGUGUUUUUGUAGGGAAUAUAACUUGGUCAAGAUACCAUAUGCUCACACGAUGGCCGCUUUGCGAUCGAAGCAUGGCGACGAGUAUGAUAUGAGCAUCUAUGAGUACUCUUUACUUAUGUAUAAAAUUGAAGCGUACCUCCUUGCAUACUCUGAAUCUAUUAAUGUUGUCCCUCUCGAAUCGGAGUGGUGUGUACCAGAAGAAAUACUAGAGUUGACAAUUCUUCCACCCCUUGCCAAUACCAAGCUUGGAAGGAAGAAAAGAAAACGUGUCAAGGGAGUCAGUGAGAAUUUCAAGAGCAAGAGGAGGAACAAAUAUUUAAUUUGCAAGAGACCAGGACACAAGAGAACCACAUGUAUGAACAACAACAAAGCUUAG